AGAAAAUUGGGACAUAAUUGUAAGGAAAGGGUGAAUUGGGUGUUAAAUGUGAAGACAAUUAAAAUUGGAAACUCAAAGUGACAUAUCGGGAAAAGGUUGGGCCCCGUAGGUUAAACCCAGAUUAAAACUAGAGAGUAGAGAGACGAGAUAGAGGCGAAAUUUAGUUUGGCAGUUAGGGUUUUACAGAGAGCCAUAAUGGGAGGAAGAGGACGGAAAAGGAGGGAGAAAAACUACUUAGCGGCACAUGGAGGUAAUUACAGUCGGCUACCACCGCCACCCAAUCCUUCCCAACUCGACGCUUUGCCCUCUAAGCUUCGUACACUCAUCUCCUUGACUUCUCCUCAACCCGAAGGGUCUACCAGGGAUUCAAAGAAUGCCCAUAAGAAGAGGAAGAACGGAGACGAGGCUUCUGAGUCAAAGACCGGUCACAAAGAUGAUGUUAGUUUGAAAACUACUGGAUUCAAAGAUGUGAAUUCGAGCAGUGAUCACGAUGACACUGUCAUGAGUAGUGCAAAUGAAAAGAAAAAGAAGAAGAGAAAGAGAAAGGCAGUAGAAGACCUUCGCUUUGUAGCAGAGAUGGAAAAAUCAAGCAAUAGUUCAAAAAGACGGGAGCACAAGAAAAAAUACUUGGAAGCUCGGAAAAACAAGCAUAAAAAGACGAAGACGGAAGAAAAUCUAAACUUCCCAGGACAUGAGAAGAUUGAAUUCGGAGAUAUUGUCAAAGCUCCACUUAAGCUGCUAACAGUCCCCAAGGUUAAGAAAACUCAAGAUGUUUCACAUGAGCUAGUUAGGUUACAGGCUAUUGAGUCCUAUAGGAAAAGCAAAGGAUGGUCCUCAAGGCUUGGGAUUCAUCUUCCUCUUCCUGCAGCGGCUCCAACGGAAGGGCUAUAGUCCCACUUACAUCUCAUAAUAUUUAUCUGAUUGUUCAUGUCAUGUGAGACACAUCUCGAUGUCUAAAGUUUAUCUGCUCCUCAAAAUUUUGCAGUUUAUAGGAAUGGUUUGGUUCAGGGGCCAAAUGAAGUGGAGAGUUGUUCGCUUUAUGUAUUUUGUAAUGCUUAGAAAGUGUGAAGCGAUAGUUUUAUGGCAUUUGUAGAUCACGAGUCCUUAAAGUUUUCGUAAAUUAGGGAAUUACCAUGUCGACAAUGUGUAACUUCAAUUCAGUUUUUUUUUUUCUUCUUCAAACAAGAAAAAGCUUCAUCUUCCAAGUGUUUGAUUUACUUGUUUUGUAUGUAGUUUUGAGAGGAAGCUUUUCUUUUUUAUUGGGUAUGAAUAAAAUAUUAAAAUUAUUUUUUGGUUUCUA